AUGCCUGGUAUGAGCGUGCGGGGCGCGAACCGCGCGGACGGGCGCGGUGGAGGGGGGGGCGACGGUGCCGCGGUCGACGUCACGCUGUCGGACCUGCCGCUGGACUGCAUCGAGAUGAUCAUGAGCCAAGUGAACUUCGUCGACAAGAUCCGCGCCCUUCCGCUCGUCUGCAAGCGCUGGCACAGCCUCCUCGCGGACCCGGGGCAGGCCGCGGGCGUCUUCGUCUGGGGCGACAUCCUCCUGUCGCCCUCCACCACCCCGCGCGUCUACCGCUCCCCCAAGGACGCCGCAAACCUUGCCGAGUGGCUGCAGAAGCGCGCGGCGGGCGUCCGGUCGCUCGAAAUACGCACCCGCGUCGUGCCCUGCCUCUUCGAGAUGCCCGGCGGCUUCCCGGGCCUCCGCACGCUGCGCCUCGCGGGCUGCAGCUUGCGCGAGUUCAAGCCUGCAUGGCCGUCGCGGAUGCCCGCCCUGCAGUCCCUGGACCUCAGCAACAACUUCCUGCGCCGUCUCCCGGUCGAGAUGAAGCUGUUCACGCGCCUCACACACCUCGACCUCUCCAGCAACGUGCUCCUGGCGGAGGGCAAGGAGGACGACGAGCAGCUGCCGUCCGUCCUGGCGCAGAUACCGUCCCUCGAGUCCCUCGACUUCUCCUUAAUGGAUGAGGGGCUACAACACCUGCACGGGCCGACGCUGGGCGCGCUCACGAGCCUCACGCGCCUCAAGAUCGGCGGCGGAGCGCUGCAGCUGCAGGAGCGGUUCGCCGACCACAUCCCCCACAUCAGGAGCCUGGAGGUUGUGGGCUGCGGGCGCACGCUGUACGGUCUGAAUUUGUCGCAGCUGCGGCAUCUCGAGGAGCUCGUCGUGCCGUGCGACGCCGUGGGCGCGCGGGCCAUCGCCAAGGCGCUCGCGAAGAGCCACGUGACGCGCCUGGUGCUCUCCGGGGCGCUCCGCGGCACCGCGAGCACCACCGAACCAUUCGACUUCCCGCCGGAGCUCGUCGCGAUCCCGAAACUCCGCAGCCUGGAGCUGAACGACAACGGGUCGAGCAGUGAGUCCAGCGCGAUGCACCCGGGCUCGCUCGCCGCGGCGCUGCGCGAGAGCGGCGAUCCCCCCGCGUGGCGGCACCUCGCGCUGCUCGGCUGGUCCCCGCUCGAGUGGACGCACCUCGCGCAGUGCGUGCCGCACCUGGGCGGCCUCGAGACGCUCGACCUGUCGCGGACGGGCCUCACGUGCGUGGACCCCGCGAUCGCGCAGCUCGGGCGCCUGCGGCGGCUCGUCCUUCCGCAGCCCGUCGUGCACGCGGGGGGGGUCUCUGGGGACGACCCGGAGGCGUACGCCGGCAUGCAGCUGCGGGAGAUCGCGGUGCGUGGGCGCGUGCGGGACAGGGGAACGGAGUGGAGGACCGCGCUCCCGGAGCUCCUGCCGGCCUUCACGUCGCUCGAGAAGCUCAGCGUGAGUCUCUGCUACGCCGCGGCGCUGCCGACCCGCGCGGGCGUGUCGUGGUCCGACCGCCUGCAGCACCUCACCGACAUCGACCUCUCCCGCAACAGCUUCUCCGCCAUCCCCUUCGAGUUCCUCCGCCUCCCGGCGCUGCAGCGCCUCGACAUGUCCGCCAACGGGAUCACAACGGACGGCGCGCACCAGGACGCCAUGCACGCGCUCCUGCACCCCGACGACCCCGACGACGGCGAGUCCAACGCCGCGCGGGUGUUCCCGAGCCUCCGAGAGCUCAACUUGAACGACAACAGGCUGGACGCGUUCCCGCUGGCGGCGUGCAUGGCGCGCUCGCUGCGGAAGCUGCGGCUGGCGGGGAACGCUAUGCAGGGCGCUGUGCCGGAGGAGGUCGGGCGGUGCAGGCAGCUCGAGGUGCUCGACUGCUCGCGCAACUCCCUCAAGUCCGUGUCGCCGAGUCUGGGGUGGGGGUGUCGGCGCCUGACGCACCUGGACUUGCGGGGGAACUGGGUGUCGCGCGAGGGGCUGCCCGUGCAUAUGCUGGAGUGGGGGCACCUGACGGUGUACCUGUCCGUGCACACGGCGGGCGGGAUCACCAGAGCGGAUCGCGCGCACCUGGUGUUCCAGGGCUCGGACCGGUUGCGGCUGCCGGUCUGA